AUGGCAAAAUCAGUUUUAAUUUCUCUUCUUCUCGCUUUAUUUUCCGUACAUUAUGUUGCGGGACAGGCGUGUCCAACUGGAUUCAAGUUGGUCAAUUCGAACAAAUGCUUGAGAGUUUUCACGAAUAAGUUGAAGCAUAUGGAGGCUGAGACAGAUUGUAAGUAUAUUGGAGGAACAAUGGUCACCGUGAAGACUGCUAUCGUGAGUUUCCGUCUUUUAGUCACGUUUAACACAUAG